ACAACCUUGAAAAGCAGAAAUACGCUACCUUUGCAAUUCUAGAACUGUCGUUUUCUGAUCUGAACCCGCGUGAAUCGCUCCACAGCUAUGCCGGACCUCAGCAUCGAUGAGGCGAACAAGAUCCGCCUGUCCAUGGGCUUGCCUGCCUUGCCAGGCGGUUCUGCCAGCGCUGUGCCAGAAGGACCGGCUUUCAAACCUGCGAAGGACGGCGAUGAAUCAGAGGAAGAACCCGCAAGCACAAUCGAUACGCGCCAGGCCGCCGCUCACGAGAACUGGCUGAAGCUCAAUGCCGAACAAGAAGCCAGGAAGAAGCGCGAAGAGCGCGCGCUCGCAAUAAAGAAGGAGCGGGAGAGGGCCGCGCGCACAGCGAAGCUCGAGGGCACAGGUCUUGCAGACGCGGUCGAAGAUGACGACGAUACGGCCUGGUUGAAGGGCAGCAAGAAGCGCCAGAAGAAGAUUCUAAAGGCUGAGCAGAUGCAGAAGGAGCUUGAGGAGCGGGAGCGUCAGGCACGUGAGGCGAUGCAGUACACAGAGACCGAUCUGGCGGGCGUCAAGGUCGGGCACGAAAUUGAUCAGUUCGACGACGGCGAGGAUCAGAUUCUCGUUCUAAAAGACACAGCAGUCGAUGGCGAAGAUGACGAUGAGCUCGAAGCAGUGGCGUUGAAGGAGAAGGAGCGCCUGCAAGAACGCCUAGACUUGAAGAAGCGGAAACGUGCAUACGAUCCCAACGACGAGGACGGCGAGAAGUCCAUCCUUGCGCAGUAUGACGAGGAGAUCGACGGCAAGAAGGGCAAGGCAUUUACAUUAGACGGCAAAGGCCGAACGGUCGAAGACGUACAGGCGACGGCUGCCGAUGCUGCACAACCCAAGAGGGUCGCCAUAAGCCUUGAUAUCCUCAACGAUGAUGCGUUGGCGAACGACUAUCAAGAGUACAAAGAGAUCAAGAUGAAGAAGCCAAAGAAGAAGAAGACUAAGAAGCCCAAGCGAGAACGUUUUGAAGACGACGACGAGAUGAUGCUUCCGGCGGAGGAGCCCGUCGACGAUAUGGAGCUCGACGGUGCGGAGACCACGGCGCCAAAGGCGAAGAAGAAGAGUGUUUAUGACGAGUCGUUCAUCGACGACGACGACCUACAGGCCAACUUGGCUGCACAACGGCAGAAAGCACUGAAAAAGCGGAAGAAGAUGCGCCCAGAGGAUCUCGCACGGCAACUGCGAGAGGAAGCCUCUACAUCCCAAACACCUGACGUGAUGGAGUCGACUGAGGACGGCGAUACCCAAGGACUGGUGAUUGACGAAACCACCGAGUUCGUGCAGAAUCUUGGAGCCAAUGCAGACCAAGGGGAGGACGAGGCGAGAAGGCGGCGGAGGAAGGCUAGCCACGCCUCUGACAGUAUCAAGACCGAACAGCCUAUCGAUGACGAUGGUGACGUCGAUAUGGAGCGGUCUUACGCGGAAGUAGCUGAAGCUGAGGACGCACGACAACGCAGCCAGUCUCGUGCCAAGUCCGCUGCCGCCGAAGACUUCUCCACCGGGCUCGAUGCCGAAAAGACCGUUGAUGGAGGCCUGGGUGCGACACUGGCACUCCUGCGUCAGCGUGGCCUCGUGGCUGCGGAAAAUGAUGCUAGCCAAAAGAACGCGCUCUACCGCGAUCGCCAGAAGUUCCUAGCAGACAAGCAACGCGCCGAAGCCGACGCCGAACGCCAACGUAAGGUCGCCCGUGAGCGUGAGCGCAAUUCCGCUCGCUGGAACACCAUGACACCUCGCGAACGUGAAGAGUGGGCUCGUAAGCAGAACACCAACGCCGACGUGAGCGAAAGCCGCAGGCUAGCGGAGAUCUUCAACAAGGAGUACAAGCCAAAUGUCGAACUGAACUACGUCGACGAACAUGGUCGCCAGAUGAACCAGAAAGAGGCGUUCAAGCAGCUCUCGCACCAGUUUCACGGUAAGGGUAGCGGUAACACAAAGACGAAGAAGCACCUCGACAAGGUGGCGCAGGAGAAGAAGAAAAUGGCCGAGAGCUCGCUGGAGGUCACGAAGGCCGGUGGUGUUGGGAAUGCUCACGACCAGCAGGCGAAAAAGCUCAAGACUGCUGGUGUGCGGUUGCAGUAAUCGUCUUGAUUCGACGAUGGCCUCAGGUUAGUGGUACUGAUACCUCAUUCAUGAAGAACUUUUGUUAAUAGCCAUAUUCCAAUAGACGGGCGACGCUUGACACACU